GUGGCGUAAUGGAGUCAUGGGCCGGCUCUACCAUGCAGACCUCGCACCCGACCAUCGAAGCCUUUGCGCCACUGCUCCAGCCGGCUGGCUCGGACGUGGUGCUCGUGGCCGACUCGGCUCCGGGCAGCUUGGCUUCGCCGAGCAGGGCAACCAAGGCCGCACGACUUCGGUUGGCGAGCCUACGCCGAGUCGCCGCCCUCCGCGACCUCGACUCGCUACUCCCGCCACCCAUCGCCAACAUCCGCCCGCCGCCCACAACGUCGGCGGCAGCUCGCCGCCUCGGCCUUGUCCCACCGGCGGCGUCGUCCGCGCCUCCGUCGUCGAGCGGAGCGUCAGACGGGCGCCGAGGCGGAGGCCGCUCGGCUGGACGUCGACGCAGCCGGAUGCAGACAAAUGGCACGCCGAGAAGGAGUGGAAAGCCGCCGCUGCCACCCAUCGAUACCAUCGGGGUCAUCCAGGUCGAGGCGCUGGAGCUUGAUGCGGACGCUGUGUUCGACGUCGCAGGCGAGGCCGUGACCAACGUCUCGGCGCUCAAGGUCUCGUACAACUUUCUCAACGUGUGGUUGGAGGCAUGCGUCGGGCAGCACGGCUCGCGCAAGGUCUUUGAUCUCGCUCCGGGCUCCGAGGGCGCCCGCAGGCUCGACGCCGUUGUGGCCGGCCUGCCAUGGCCCGACGACGCCCUCGAACCGUACCUGGUCUUCUCAGUCCUCGACACCUCGCUGCCGGUACCCGACCAAGAGAUUGCUUACGCCCAGGUCCACCUUGGAGACAUCCUGGACCACGGUGGAAUGGACUUUAUCCACGAAGAUCUGACGCUGCUCAAGCUGCGAUCGGCACUCGGCCCAUCACUCGUGCCCAAGCACAAGCUGGUGCCGGCCGGCACGCUGCGGGUCUCCAUUGUGUUGCGGCAGUCACUACUUGCGGCUCAAAAGCGAGUAUAUGAGGCGACGCGACGGGAGCGCGCGGGAGCGCGGUCGCGGUCGCGAUCGCGGUCGCCGACGCCGGCAUCGUCGCGGCGACCGACGCCUGCUGCGCUGAGGGCCACACGGCGGCGGAGAUGACCCAACAAGUAAAUACAUCGCCGCUGU